AAGAGCCCACAUGCGGAUUGUCGCUCGUAGCGUUCGGACGUGAUUGUUGCGCGCGCGUUGUUUCGCCACCCACCGGCUACAGUUUGUCGUGCGUGAGUGAUAGUUGUUUUGCCGGAAAUUCCGGGCGUGAAUUCUGAGGAUUACAGUGAUAUUGUUGGAUCCUAAUCCACUUGAAAGUUGCAUCGAAAACAAAUCAUGUGCUAGUACUGGAUGCAAGUGAUAACAGUGUGACAAAAGAUUGGCGUAAAUUAGCUAAGGCUGGAUAGAUUUCUGAGCUGACAAAAAAUGUUGGAGUUCUACCAUAACAACAUAAACCUCAAUUCUGGAAUAACACAGGGACACGCGACGGAGCCAAAUCAACAGGACUGUGCGGCGGACAGUAAUGAGCGAACAGACAUCGUUGGAACGAUCAAAAGCGAAAAGGCACAGGAAAUCUGCGAGGGAUGUGGCCAGAAAAUCAAAGACCGCUACUUCAUGAAGCUUUCUCCGGACCAGUACUGGCACGAGCAGUGUCUGCUCUGCUGCAUAUGCCACAUUCAGCUCAACCAGUCCUGCUUCACAAAGAACACCAAACUCUACUGCAAAGACGAUUACUACCGAAUUUACGGCCUUUCGCCGCUACAGCAGCAACAACAGCAGCAAAACGUGUCCCGCGAUUGUUACGGCUGCGGCGAACGAAUUGCGUCCAACGAAAUGGUCAUGCGAGCGAAAACCCUGGUGUACCACCUGAACUGCUUUCUCUGCUAUACCUGCAACAGGCCACUGCAAAAGGGUGAACCUUUCUCAUUGAGAGCCGGUAAACUUAUUUGCCAACACGACUUAGAGAAAGACAUGUACAGUACACUGCACACGUUACAUCCCCAUCACAAUCAGCACUCGUUGUACAGCGAAGACGAUUACCUGCUGGAGGACGGUUUGCGGUCACGCGAUGGCCGUCGCGGCCCUAAACGGCCCCGGACCAUACUUACAUCGGUGCAACGGCGUCAGUUCAAGGCAUCAUUUGAUGUCUCUCCAAAGCCAUGCCGGAAGGUACGGGAAGCGCUUGCCAAGGAUACGGGCCUCUCGGUGCGGGUUGUGCAAGUCUGGUUUCAGAAUCAGCGCGCCAAAAUGAAGAAAAUUUCCCGGAAAAGCAAAUCAUCAGCUCAAAGUAACGGCAACAGCGACGGCGAUAAGAGCCACUCAGACAAGGAGGAAAAGUCGAUCAAGCUGGAAUCACCCGUGAGCGAUCACAGUCACUAUUUGGGCGUCGAUGGAUCAUACGGAUCGACCAGCCAACCGCUGAAUCCCAACUUACCUUAUUCACCAGAUUUCCCUGAAAACUCCGAUGCCAGCAUGUGCAGCAGUGACAUAUCGCUGGACGAAAGUUUCGACAACCUGGACGAAGCAACGUCCGAUACCAUGUCGUUGCAGAACUUGGACCUGCAAUCGACUCUGAACGGUAACAGUAAUAGCAACAAUACCACAAAUAAUAACAAUACCAGUGCCAGCUUAGUUAACCACAAUAACAACAAUAUCAACGGACUUAUACCAGGAACCAGCAUCACCCACAUAGAUAAGCUGUAUCUAAUGCAAAACUCGUACUUUAACGGCGCCUCUAUAGAGCAGUGAUUGUGUGGACUAAAGUAGUUUGCAAAAAAAAACAUAGACUUUUGUAAAAACAGGAGUUUUCUAAAUAAUAAUUGAACAAUUUAAGACGAAAAGCAACUGCAAAGAUAUAAACUUUUACACAUUUUCGAAAGGCUCGGUUCAAAAUGUAUGUAUAUUUGGAAGAUAUGAAUUCUGAACAAAACUCUAAUUUUCAUAAUGACUAAACUGCUUUUGAACGUAUUUCAGUUCGAUGUAAAUAGAAAAUCCAGCAAAGACUGAACUAAUUUGCGGUCAUAGGCAGUAAAAGUAUUCAUUGUAUAUAACAAUUUUAAGUAAAUCAUUUUUCAUUAUUUGAUUAACAAUCGAAAAACUUUUAGAAAACUGUGUUAUACCAUCUAUUCAAAAUAGCUGUCAUAAUUCACGUGAACAUUGAUGCUAGUCAAAAGCAAUUCGAUACAAGGAUGACUAUUUUUUAUGUUUAUAUUAGCAUGCAAUGAAAAUACUAGGCAACUUUUUUACUUUCCUAUUCAGAGUUUUCCAACUAAUAGGUAAAGAAUCGUCUAUAUAUAAUGUAAAUAUAGCAGUUCCUCGAUAUAUUUGGUUUGUGUCGGAUGGAAACGCAGAUUAUUAUAUAUUUUGUUAUACACAAUUAUUUAAGGUAAAAAACAGGAAACAAGUCAUUUGAAUUAGUAUGUUAAGUAACAUAGAAACAUCACUUUGUAAGCAAUGUAAAAUUUUAGGAAAAAUUAAACUAAUUGAAAAUGAAAACUUA